AUGGAUUCGAAGAAGGAAGAACCCAAGAGCUGUUGCUCCGGCCAUGCCACCAGUCCAACCAGCGCCACAUCCUCCACAAGUGCUCCAGCCGAUCAGCUGAUUGAGAUGGGUCCGCUGUCCACCUCCGCCGCGGUCCACGGCAACGCCGUCCGGCGACUGGACACCGAACGCAAGCGCCACGCUGCGCUGCAUGCGCACCAUCCAAGCAAAGUGCACUGCGUGCCCAACCCCAGCGGCAAGGGGUGCACCUGUCUCUGCGACAUGAGCGUAGCGCUGCUCAGUGUCAAGCAGGUCCUGCGCGAGACCGACCCGUCCAAAACGACGCGCCGCAGCUUUGCGACCGACACGAUCCAGUUGACGCUCACGGCGUCGCAGGCGAUUACGGCGCAGUGCGCGUGCUCGGCCGACUGCCCCACGUGCCAGUCCGACCCGUCGACCGAGAUCUCGGCGUCGCUACUUGUGAGCACUGCGCUGCAGAUCUAUGCGCGCGCGGUGCGCAUUUUAAGGGAGGGCUUAACGGCGUCAGCGACACGCGGGGAGGUGGCCGUGCAGGGCUUUUUUGGCGGGCUGGAUGUGACGAUUGGGUCGUACAAGCCGUCCGUGGGCAAUGCGAAGAGGAUCGCGCUGUAUGCGAUCAAGCUCGAGCUGAACGACUUGAGGCGUGCGUUGGGCAAGAUUAGUCGGAUGGCGCAGAAUCUGGGGGUGCCCGCGCCGGUGGAGGCGACGAGAGAGGACAAGGAUAAGGACAAGGACAAGGCGGAAGCUGCGAGGGAGGGGGAGGCGGUGAAAGAGGGGGGCAAGCAGGCACAACAUGUGCAGCAGCCACAGCAGGCGCAGCAAGCACAGCAGGGUCAGGGGCAAGGAGGCAUGAACCCGAUCGACCAACUCGUCAUCUUGAAGCUAUAUCGACAGCUUACCGAGUUGCUAAAGACGAUCGAGGGGUUGGAGGAUGCCGCCUAG